AUGGAGUUCUAUAAUAUUGAAUCGAAUAACGUGACCAGUCCGAUCCAACCAACGACAGCAGCACCAGUCCAAUCAACGACGGGCGAACCAUUUCAACCCACUACAGAAGAACCACUCCAACCAACGUCGGGCGAACCAUUUCAACCCACAACAGAAGAACCGCUCCUACCAACGACAGGCGAACCAUUUCAACCCACAACAGAAGAACCACUCCAACCAACGACAAGCGAGCCCUUCCAACCUGCGACUUGUGAGCCACCCCGAACAACGACAGGCGAACCUCUCCAACCAACGACUGGCGGGUCACUUAAACCAACGACAAGUGAACCACUUCAACCAGGAACAGGUCCUAUUGUUUUUCUACAAUCGUUGACGGCUAAAGGUUUGGCUGAAAAUCCGCUCGGUACCAACAAAUAUGCACCAAAAGCUGCUCGAAUGCUAAAAAUGGUUUAUGACUGUAAAGUCGAGGAAUCGGCAGCGAAGCAUGCGAACAAAUGCGAAUUCAAACACAGUUCUGGAAGCGGUAAUGGAGAAAACAUCUGGGUAAUUUCGACAGCGAAGACAAAUUUGACCGACAUGGCUACACGGGCCAGUAAAUCAUGGUUCGAUGAAUUAGUAAAACACGGAGUGCCACCAGAUAACAAGCUCACAAAUGAGCUUUGGAUUCGUCCAAAGAUGGCCAUCGGUCAUUAUACCCAGGUAAGCAUAUUCAAGCUGUAUGUUGAUGUCAUCAAAUCACUGCAACCAUUAAUUUCAAAGAUGGUGUGGGAAGGCUCAUACAAACUUGGCUGUGGUGUUGCAGUGUGUCCCGACAAGACACUUGUCGUUUGUCAGUACUCACCACCUGGCAACUACAUUGGAGGUACAAUUUACACCAUCGGAGAUCCGUGUAAAUCCGACGGAGAUUGCAAAUGCGAUGGAUGCAAAUGUAGCCAAGACGAAGCGCUCUGCAUCAAGCCGAACUAG